ACGCUCUCGUCGACCGCUGUCGUCCGCUCGUGUCCGCUCCUGGUCCCACCUAGCAGUGCCCCGCCCACGCAUCGACCGAGCCGGCUCCCCGCUAAAGCCGCCCGUGCAGCCCACGCCUCCAUCCCGUUUCUUCUCAUCCGCAUCCACACAUCUCUAGAACAAGAAAAAAGAUCUCCCCUUCCACCUCAAUCCUACUCCUCGGCCUCCUCUCGCCGCCGAGCCAAGCGUAGCAACCGAUCGGUCGCUGCUCCGUCCAUCCAUGUCGUCGCUCGCCGUCCGCUGCGGGCUGGAGUGGGAGCUCGGCUGGCUCCGGGGCCUCUUCACGGCCGCGGAGCUGGCGGCCGCCGACCUGCUCCUGCAGCUCAGCAGGGACUACGAGGCGGCCGCCGCAGCGUCGAAGGCCACGAUCUUCCCCUCGCCGCGCUCGGCGAGCUCGUGCUGCGAGGUCCCCGUCAAGGAAGUGAAGGAGCGGGUCGUCGAGGAGACGGCGCCCUUGCCGCUGGGGUCGCUGGACAGGCGAGCGAGUAGGAGCUCGGCAAGCGCGUGCCUCGAGGACCUCACCGUGGUCAGCGAGGAGGAGCUGGAGCCCCCGCGGAUCGCUAGGGAGACGGCGCCGGCACAGAGGAGACGGGGCGCCGGUGUAGCUGCUAUCCGCUCUGUCCGCUUUUGGGUUCUUGCGUUGGAUGCCUGUUGUGUUCGUCCCAUGUCCGUCAGGCGGACAUGA